GCCUCUGAGUUGCGGAAGGUAUCUCGUUGGGAAUACCUUGGAAAGAGGAGGGCAGAGAAGGUGGUUGAGCUGAGGGAUGACCUGGCUGAUGAGGAGUUCCUGUUCUCUGAUAGCAAGCUUACCAGGGUGGAGAAGGAACGUUACGAGCAUAAAACAAAACUGUUAGCUCUGACGGAGGAACACAAAAAGGCAGCUGAGUUGGAGCGGGUUCAGCGGUACUACAUGCCAGAAGAUGAUGUGAAACCACAGAUAUAUAUUGAACCCCUAGAAGAAUCAGAAGCUGGGCCAAACGUUGAUCUGAAGAAGUGGCAAGAUGAGCAAAUUGACAAAGCUACUGUGAGGUUUAGUGCUAAAGACGCAAAGGAGAGAAAUAAGCAAAAAGACUAUGAUUUGGUCAUGGAUGAGGAGAUUCAGUUUGUUCUCAUUGAUUCAGUGGCAGGAAACCGUGAGGAUAAGGAUGCUGAGGUAAUGUCUGCAGAGGAGAGAAAAAAGAUGGAUAUUGCUCAGACACGGAGAAGCUUGCCCAUAUACUCUUACAGAGAAGCAUUACUCUCUGCCAUAGAGGAGAAUCAGGUUUUGAUUGUAGAAGGAGAAACUGGAUCAGGAAAGACAACUCAGAUACCUCAAUACCUUUAUGAGGCCGUAAGUUUUCCA